AUGACUUCGACUGAGGAGCCUCAGGGCCUGGGGCAGUGCAGGACUGCUAUAAAAGGCACACCAAGUUCUUGUGCUCUCAUCCACUUCUCUCACCUCCUUCUCCUCAGGAAUCAGGUGCACCUGUGACCGUGAGCCAUGUCCUGCUGCCAGCCCUGCAACCCUUGCUGCCAGCCCUGCGGCCCCUGCCCGCUGGCCAACAGCUGCAAUGAGUGCUGUGUCAGGCAGUGCCAGGACUCCCAUGUGGCCAUCCAGCCCUCGCCUGUGGUGGUGACCCUGCCUGGCCCCAUCCUCAGCACCUUCCCACAGAACACUGCCGUGGGAUCCUCCACCUCUGCUGCUGUUGGCAACAUCCUCAGCUGUGGGGGAGUGCCCAUCAGCUCCGGGGGCUUUGACCUCUCCUGCAUCACCAACUGCUAUGGUGGCAACAGAUGUCGUCCCUGUUAA